AUGGUGUUCAAUCUCCGAACCUCCAGUUUUACCGAGUCCGAUGAAGACGAUCCAACUCCUCCUAAAACCUUCUCUCUAAAGGAGCUCCGAGUCGCGACACACGACUUUAGCAGCAACAACAUCGUGGGGCAGUAUUGGGACGCUGUGGUUUACAGGGGACGCUUGGCCAAUGGUUCGCUAGUGGCAGUAAAGAGAGCGCACUGUGUCGAUCCCCAGAAAAAAGAGGAGUUCGAAGCAGCAAUGAAAGUGGGAAGCACAAUUUCGAGGCACCCAAACGUGCUAUGCCUGAGGGGCUUUUGCAGGACCAAGAAAGAGCUCUUGCUGGUCUAUCCCUUGAUGGUCAACAAUAGCCUAUCUUACCAUCUUAGAGAGAGACCGGAUCGGUUUGCCCGACCUCUCGAUUGGACUACUCGCAAGCGGAUAGCCUUGGGAGCAGCGAGGGGGCUUGCACACCUUCACAAUCAAGGUAACAUCAAGGUCCUGCAUCGCGACAUCCGUUCAUACAAUAUACUGCUGAACGAGCAUUUUGAGGCCGUGAUAGGAGGAUUUGCGCUUGCCAUGAUCAUGCACGAGGGAAAUGUAGAGACUGUUGAGUGGCGCACGGGUUCAGCCGAUUCUGGCUCCGAUUCUCCAUCCUAUCAACCCUAUGAAGAUGUUUAUGUGGAGAGCACCGUCCGUGGCGUACUUGGGUUUAUUGCCCCCGAGUACUUCUGGACAGGAAAGUGCACACUGAAGAAUGAUGUAUUUGCAUACGGGAAAAUGCUUCUCGAGCUCAUCUCGGGAAAGUCAGUUCAGAAACCUUUUUCGUCGGCGGAUGGUGAAAAUCUCACUUUUAUGGAAUGGAUUGGUGGUUUUCUGAACGAGAACGAGUUGGGAAGGGUUAUCGAUCCCAAUUUGCAGGGAAAUUGCGUGGAAGAAGAAGCAGCGCAACUGAUCCGAUUGGCAUUGUCGUGCGCACAUGAGGAUCCAUCUGUUCGACUGGAAAUGCCUGGAGUGGUUGGAAUGCUCAAAAGCCAGUUUCUUCAGCAGGACCCUAGUUCAAGGAGUAGUUGGAGUCAAAGUGAGUAUGACUCAACUCCGUACUACUCUUUCCCUCCUUCUCCUUCUCCUCCUUCUCCUCAGGGGAUUGCUCGAUGA